ACAGAUGACAAGACAUACGAGUGAAACGCGGCAAAUAAACGGAAGAUAUACGGAGAAAACAAAAUAAAAUCUCGUGUGGAAAUAAAAUAUAAAAAAAUAUUGAAUUGUGCAAAAUUCAUGAAGUGAAAAAAUACCAACAUAUAAGUGUGAAAAAUAAAGUUAAAAUUAAAAAGAAAUAUACGUGUAUUUACUUCUAGUUAAUAUUAAAUACCAAUUGAAAAAGAAAAUUAAUGGAAUAUUGAUAAAUUAAAAAAAGUAAAAAACAUACUCAUAUUAAAAAAAAUACUGAAUUCGUAAAAUUUGUAUAAAAAAAGUUUAGAAACCAUGACCAAGUAUCAACGAAAUUUACAAUAUUUAAAUAUUUCAAAUGUUAAUAGUAAUAACAACAAUACCAGUGAUAAUUACAGUGACAGUGAUGCUACAACACUUAUUCCACAAACAACAAUUAAGCAGGAAUUUAAUAAUUUAUUAGAAAAUUCAACAAAAUCAAUGUUCAAUCAUCAAUUAAAUAUGCAGCAACAUAAUAACAAUGUUGUUCUUCAACACCAGCAGCAGCAACAACAACAGCACUACCAACACUCACAACAUCACCAGCAACAGCAACAACAACAGUUACAAACCUUUUUAAGUCGUUUCAACAGUGUCGCAUCAAACAACGACUCCUUGAGUCUGUCUAAUGCUUCAAACACUUGUAACUUUCGCAAUUUUAACGAUUCCAAUGAAUCGCACAAUUUAACACCCUCGCCCAUUUUUACGGAUUACGAUGAGAAUAGUUUAAGUUCGGAAGAGCAUGUUUUAGCACCCUUAGUCUGUGCAAAUGCUCAAUCGUCACGACCUUGUUUAACGUGGGCUUGCAAAGCCUGCAAAAAGAAAAGUGUUGCCGUUGAUCGACGGAAAGCGGCCACAAUGCGAGAGCGUAGGCGCUUGAGAAAGGUUAACGAGGCGUUUGAAGUACUGAAACGACGUACCUCUUCAAAUCCAAAUCAACGUUUACCGAAAGUGGAAAUACUUCGUAAUGCCAUCGAAUAUAUUGAGAGUCUAGAGGAUUUGUUACAGGAAUCAUCACCCAUACGAAGUAUUGAUAAUUUAACAGACACAAUAAGUGGGAAAUCAUGCCAGCAGGAUUAUUUGAAUUCGUAUACAGGUGCGUAUAUGUUUCAUAGAUAUAAUCUACAUGAUAAUGAUGCCAAUGGAUUGACAGAUUCCUAUGAUUCGUCAUCAUCACCAAAUGGUUCCAGUUUAGAUUGUCUCAAUUUGAUUGUACAAAAUAUCAACAUAUGUACAACAUCCUCGACGACACUACUAAGCGGCAACUGUAGCAGCACCCGUAACACCAUUAGUACACAGAAUCCUGCAUUAAAACAUCACCAAAGUGCAACGGCACAUGGAAUAUCGGCAGUUGGAACGACAACAUCGACAUCAGGCACGAAAACACCAGCAUCGUCGUCAGUAUCGGUAACAUCAGCAUCACUCAGCACAACUCAUUCAUCAUUGAAUGCAACAUUUAAGCAAAAAUGUACAACAUGAAAAUACCGAAUGUGUGUGUGGCAAAUAAGCAGAUAUUUUGCUGAGGGGAUUUACAUAUUGUAAUUUUGUUUUAUUUUAGUAAGCAAAAAAUUAAAUUAAACAUACAGUUACUUUUACAAUUGAGUAGAUAUCCUUAGUUGUUUAUAAUGUAAAUUUAAAGCGUAUAUUCAAUUGUGUUAGUGACUGUAGUUUCAAUUAAACUGUAAGAUAAAUUAUUGAGGGAGACAAACAUUUAAUUCUUAUUAACCGGAUACAAGUUAUACCAAAGAA